CAACCAGUUAUUUUUUUGUUAUCAGUGUAUUCGAAUUCCUUUUCAACAUUUCCAACCGACUACGCUGAUGUUUCCAGAUCCAACCAAUGAAUUUUGACCACUUCCAAAUUCUUAGAGCUAUUGGAAAGGGUAGCUUCGGCAAGGUCUGCAUAGUACAGAAGCGGGAUACGGGGCAGCUGUUUGCCAUGAAAUACGUUGGAAGGGGCGCAUGCGGAGCUCGCGGUGCCCUCGGGGGCGUAUGUAGAGAGGUGCAAAUUUUGAGCACCUUGGAGCACCCGUUUUUGGUCAAUCUUUGGUUUUCUUUUCAAGAUGAAGAAGAUCUCUUCAUGGUUAGCGAUUUACUAGUCGGGGGUGACCUAAGAUAUCAUCUUCAACAGCAGGUGGUGUUUACAGAAGAAUCCGUAACUCUGACAUUAUGCGAAAUGGGAUGCGCUCUGGAUUAUCUGCAAGGCAAGGGCAUUCUGCACAGGGACUUGAAACCGGAUAAUAUACUUCUAGACGAAGAUGGUCAUGCCCAUUUGACGGACUUCAAUAUUGCGACGUCCUUGCAAAAGGAUGAAUUAGCGAUUAGUAUGUCCGGUACCAAACCUUAUAUGGCACCUGAGAUAUUUGCUUGCGCAGCCGGAGAUUGCAUUGGGUACAGCUAUCCUGUAGACUGGUGGUCAUUAGGAGUAGUUUGUUACGAGCUGCUGAGUGGUUUCAGGCCUUUUGACAUCCAUUCCGUUGACUCCGUGGCUGAAGUUCGCGCGACUCUAAGCAACAAAGUGCGAUAUUCGCAGCAAUGGUCUCUAGAAAUAGUUGAAGUUUUAGCAAAGCUGUUAUGUCACGAUCCAAGCAAAAGGGUAUCUAAUUUGCAACGACUUCGAAAAUUAAAUCUUGUCCGCGGAAUAGAUAUGGACCUGGUUUUACAAAAGAAAAUUAAACCGGCUUAUAGUCCUCCAAGAGACCAUCUGAACUGUGAUCCAACAUUUGAAUUAGAAGAGAUGAUACUAGAGACAAAGCCGCUGCACAAAAAGAAAAAGAGGCUGGCAAAACAACGAUCUGUUAAGGAGUCGCUGAGGAGUAUAGAUGUGGAUUGUGAUGGACCUACUGGAAAAGAGCUCGAUUUGCCCGAAUUCCUCGUAUACAACCGUUGUCAGGAAUUAAAGAGGCGCGAGCGCGAAUCUCGAGAAAAGGCUUGGGAGCGGGAACUGCUCCAAGCAAUGGAGGCAUCAGAUCAAGAGGGGCAGCAGCUGAGACCCGACGACGCAGUAGGCAACGGGCACAAGCGUCCUGGUCGAAGGAAACACGAAAUACAGAAGGAGAAGUUAACCCUGGUUACUGAUGUUGGAAUUAUUCGAGAAUGCGACAACGAAACCAAUUUUGAAAGUACAACGAAUGAUUCUUCAAUCUAUGAUAAUAAGAAAACAAGUGACAAUGUUCUUCUCAAACCAGAAGAUAAAUCCAUUAGUUUAGAUUUUAUAGAUAGAACGCCUUCCCCUGUUUGA